AUGGUGUCGGGCGAGGGGCAUUCGCCUCAGAAGCUGUCCAUCUUGGGCGAGCCAAAUAUCGUCGCCGACUUUGGGCUCUGGCCGGCCUACGUCGCAACAGAUCUUCUCGAGCACUCGCCGUCCUCUACCUAUGUCCUCAUCACCGAUACGAACCUACACGAGAGGUACGUCCCGCCGUUCCAGCAAUGGUUCCAGGCCAACAAAGGCGCCACGGCCACCCGCCUCCUGACCUACGCGAUCCCGCCGGGCGAGGCGUCCAAGUGUCGCCAAACCAAGGCCGAGAUCGAGGACUGGAUGCUGUCGCAGCAAUGCACGAGAGAUACCGUCAUCAUUGCGCUCGGUGGAGGCGUCAUUGGCGACAUGAUAGGUUAUGUCGCGGCGACCUUCAUGCGUGGAAUCCGAUUCGUGCAGGUUCCCACCACCUUGCUAGCCAUGGUCGACUCCUCCAUUGGCGGCAAGACCGCCAUCGACACCCCCAUGGGCAAGAACCUCGUUGGUGCUUUUUGGCAGCCCCGUCGCAUCUUCAUCGACCUCGCCUUCCUCGAUACUUUGCCUGUGCGCGAGUUCAUUAACGGCAUGGCCGAGGUGAUCAAGACGGCUGCCAUCUGGGAUGAGGCCGAGUUUACGGCCCUGGAGCAGUCCGCGGCUGACAUCUUGGCUUGUAUCCGUUCACGGGGCCCGAAUCGGCUGCAUCCCAUCCAGGACUCCCUGAAACGAAUCGUUAUCGGCUCGGCAAGGGUCAAAGCCGAGGUUGUAUCUAGUGACGAGCGUGAGGGCGGCCUGCGUAACCUUCUCAAUUUUGGCCACUCCAUCGGUCAUGCCAUAGAAGCCAUUCUGACCCCUCAACUACUGCAUGGUGAGGCAGUGGCAAUCGGCAUGGUCAAGGAGGCCGAACUGGCCCGCUUUCUCGGCGUGCUGCGACCUCACGCUGUGGCGAGACUUUCCAAGUGCAUCGCCGCGUACGGUCUUCCCACGAGCCUUCAAGACAAGCGCGUGAUCAAGCUUACCGCCGGCAAGCAAUGCCCGGUCGACAUCAUGUUGCAGAAAAUGGCCGUCGAUAAGAAGAACGACGGCGGCCAGAAAAAGAUUGUCCUGCUGUCAGCAAUCGGCAAAACCCACGAGCCCAAGGCUAGCGCCGUGGCAGACCAAAGCAUCAGGACGAUCCUAUCGGCUUCGAUCUCUAUCACUCCAGGUGUUCCCGAUUCACUCAAGGUCACCGUUACACCCCCUGGCUCCAAGAGCAUUUCCAACCGCGCGCUUGUGCUGGCGGCCCUUGGCUCCGGGCGCUGUCGCAUCAAGAAUCUACUUCAUUCCGACGAUACACAGUACAUGCUCUCUGCCAUCGCGCAGCUCGGCGGCGCAUCCUAUGCUUGGCGAGAUGCCGGCGAGGUGCUUGAAGUUCAGGGCAGGGCGGGCCAACUCAAGGCAAGCAACGACGCUCUAUAUAUUGGCAAUGCCGGCACCGCGUCUCGCUUUUUAACGACCGUCGUUGCUCUCUGCACGGCCACGACCACGGCCAGCUCGACUGUCUUGACCGGCAAUGCUCGGAUGAAAACGCGCCCCAUCGGACCCCUUGUCGACGCUCUGCGGUUGAAUGGCGUCGAGAUCGAGUAUCUGGAGCAGGAAAAGAGCCUGCCAAUCAGGGUGGAUGCCGCUGGCGGGCUCAAGGGAGGUGUCAUCGAGCUUGCCGCGACGGUAUCCUCCCAAUAUGUCUCUUCGAUCCUCAUGGCGGCGCCAUAUGCCAAGAACCCCGUCACGCUUCGCCUCGUGGGUGGCAAGCCGAUCUCGCAGCCGUACAUCGACAUGACAAUCUCUAUGAUGCGCUCCUUCGGCGUUAUUGUGACGAAGUCCACGACCGAAGCGGACACGUACCACAUUCCACAGGCCUCGUACCAGAACCCUGUCGAAUACAUCAUCGAGAGCGACGCCAGUUCAGCCACGUACCCUCUUGCCGUUGCAGCCAUCACAGGGACGUCGUGCACGGUGCCCAAUAUCGGAUCGGAGUCACUCCAGGGUGAUGCGCGGUUUGCGAUUGAUGUGUUGCGGCCCAUGGGCUGUCUCGUUCACCAAACGGCGACUUCGACGACUGUUACCGGCCCAAAGGUUGGGUCUCUCAAGGCGCUUCCGCAUAUCGACAUGGAGCCCAUGACCGACGCCUUCUUGACGGCAUCCGUGCUUGCCGCAGUCGCUGACGGCAUGACCCAGAUUACCGGCAUCGCGAAUCAGCGCGUAAAAGAAUGCAACCGCAUCGAGGCCAUGAAGGAUCAAUUGGCCAAGUUUGGUGUCCACUGCAAUGAACUCGACGAUGGCAUCGAGAUUCACGGAGUACCACUGGGUGAUAUCCGCCAGCCGGCCCUUGGUGUCCAUUGUUAUGACGACCACCGUGUGGCCAUGAGCUUCAGUGUUCUUUCCGUGGUGUCACCAAGUCCUACGGUCAUCACCGAGCGCGAAUGUGUCGGCAAAACGUGGCCGGGAUGGUGGGAUGUGCUCUCACGCUGUUUCCAGGUCGACUUGGACGGUUCUGAUCUGGGGACAUCUGCUCACCGCGAGGUCAAGCCGGAUGCAAAACUAGAAAGCUCCAUCAUCGUUAUCGGCAUGAGAGGCGCAGGCAAGACCACCGCGGGGCGAUGGAUGGCCAAUCUUCUCGGUUGGCAUUUCGUGGACCUCGAUCAGGAGCUGGAGAAGCGGUCAGGACAGACUAUCCCCGACAUGAUCAAUGGCUCUCGGGGCUGGGACGGCUUUCGCGAGGACGAAUUGGCACUGCUCCGCGACGUCAUUGACAACCAGGCCCAGAGUCACGUCUUCUCAUGUGGCGGAGGUAUCGUCGAAACUCCGGACGCUAGGGAACUUCUCAUGGACUACUGCCGUAACGGUGGUCGAGUUGUGCUGAUACACCGCGACACUGAUAAGGUUGUGGAAUACCUCAUGAAAGACAAAACCCGACCGGCGUACACCAGCGAGAUCCGUCAGGUCUACUUGAAACGCAAACAGUGGUACGACGCAUGCUGCAACUUUAUCUACUACAGCCCACACACCAAUGAUUUCGGUUGCAGCUCGGGGAUCCCCGAGGACUUUGAGCGAUUCGUGGCCGCGUUGAGUGGGAAAGCUUCACAAUUGGAAAGCUUGGUGGGGAGGCAGCAGAGUUUCUUCGUGUCACUAACGCUGCCUGACCUCGCUGCCGCGUCGCAUGUGAUCCCUCGUGUGGUUGUCGGCGCAGACGCCGUUGAACUUCGAGUGGAUCUUCUGGCGGACAGAAGUCCAGACGCCGUCAUAGCUCAAGUAUCGAUAUUGCGAUAUGCAGCCAAAAUGCCCAUCAUCUUCACGGUCCGCAGCGAGUCACAGGGGGGGGGGUUCCCUGACAACGACCAUGACGCACGACUUGAGCUCUACCAAUUGGGUCUCAAGUUGGGCGUCGAGUAUCUGGACGUUGAGCUGACCGUGCCCGAUGGCACAAUCCAGUCGAUUACCGACCAAAAAGGAAAUACGCGAAUCAUCGCCUCGCACCACGAUCCUCCCGCAGCUCUCUCGUGGGAGAACGCGUCUUGGAUUCCAUACUACAACAAAGCUCUUCAGUUCGGCGACAUAAUCAAGCUGGUCGGAGUGGCAGCGACCAUGGAAGACAAUUUUCACCUGAUGAACUUCAAAAGUCGCAUGUCGGCAGAACAGAAGACUCCACUGAUUGCCAUAAACAUGGGGCGGGCAGGAAAGCUAAGUCGCGUUCUCAAUGGCUUUCUUACUCCGGUAUCUCAUCCAGACCUGCCCUUCAAGGCGGCGCCAGGCCAGAUGUCAGCAGCCGAGAUCUGGCAAAGCCUAACCCUGUUGGGCGAAAUGGAUCCUUUGCGGUUCUACCUCUUCGGAAAGCCAAUUGCCCAAUCCAGAUCACCCGCACUUCACAACAGCCUCUUCCGGUUGACAGGGCUCCCGCACGAAUAUGAGCGACUGGAGACUGACAAAGCCGCUAGUCUACGGGGCAUCUUGCGCGGUUCAGACUUCGGCGGCGCCUCCGUCACUAUCCCCCUGAAGCGGGACGUUAUGGAGCUCGUGGAUGAACUCACUCCCGCCGCCCAGACCAUCGGCGCGGUCAACACUAUAGUACCCAUCAAUGGCAAAGAUGGCCGUCGCCUUGUCGGCGACAACACAGACUGGAAGGGUAUGGUCUUUACAUUGGCCCGCGGCGGGGUGACCACGCCUGGACUGGACUCAUGUGCAAUGGUUGUGGGCUCUGGGGGCACGACAAGGGCUGCAAUCUUUGCGCUUCGGUCAAUGGGGUUUAGCUCCAUUUACGUUGUUGGUCGCGACCCGGCAAAGGUUCAGGAUCUGAUUGGAAAUUUUCCUAGCGACUACAAUCUUCGAGUCGUCGCCAGUGCCUCGGACAUUCAUGGCAUGAAGCGAGGCCCGUCUGUCAUGAUCAGUACUAUUCCAGCGGAUAGGCCUAUCGACCCGGUGGUAAAGGAGCUUGUAAAGCUGGCAAUGGCACAAGGCGACAGAGCCAGUCAAAGUCGUGUGCUGCUCGAAAUGGCAUACAAGCCACGCAGUACUCCUGUUAUGCAAUUGGCUGAGGAAGCGGGAGGUUGGACUGCUAUCCCAGGUCUGGAGGUGCUGUCAUCGCAGGGUUGGUAUCAGUUCGAGCUGUGGACCGGCAUUACCCCCUGUUACGAAGACGCUCGGAACGCCGUUUUGGGCUCCGCUCAGGAAGUGUAG